GUGAACGACAGACGGCUUAACUCCAGGAAUAUUACACCUGGGAGAAAGGUUGGCGCAAUUUAGAGUAUUCCUCGCAGCAUCAGUGUUUUCCCCAUCAUGAGGAGGUGCAUUGUUUUCCCUGGCUUGCUGAGAGUAGCGAUCUUGUUCCUUUGCUUGAACACAACCAUCCAGGCCCUGGCCCUCACCAACUCCACCCGGCUCGAGUCCAUCCUGAACAAGUAUACAAACAAAGAUGAGGAGUGGUGGAGGGCCAAGCCUAGAGGGAGGAGGGCCAUCAGCGAAGGAGACAUGCACCUCAUCCUGGACCUGCACAACAAACUGCGGGGUCAGGUCUACCCUCCUGCUUCCAACAUGGAGUACAUGGUAUGGGAUUACGAGUUGGAGAGAAGUGCAGAGCACUGGGCUCACACCUGCAGAUGGGAACAUGGACCAAGUCACAUGCUGACACAAAUAGGCCAAAACCUCGGAGCACACUGGGGCAGGGACCGGCCCCCAACCUACCAUGUCCAGGCCUGGUAUGAUGAGGUGAGGUAUUAUAGCUAUCCCUACGCCCAGGAGUGCAACCCACACUGUCCAUUCAGGUGUUCGGGACCUGUUUGUACUCAUUAUACUCAGUUGGUGUGGGCGACCAGUAAUCGCAUUGGCUGUGCCAUCAACGUGUGUUACAACAUGAAUGUGUGGGGAAUGAUCUGGGCCAAAGCAGUCUAUCUGGUCUGCAACUACUCCCCGCCAGGCAACUGGUGGGGUCAUGCUCCAUACAAAUAUGGGACUCCCUGCUCUGCUUGUCCAGCGAGCUAUGGUGGGGGAUGCAGGGACAACCUCUGCUAUAAACACGGAGGUGUUGACAGGCGUCCGGCUCCUGAGAUUGAGGAGACCAAUUACAUUGAACCCGAACCAGAGCCAGUAAGAGACGGAGAGCCCCGACCCAGGGCUCAGGCACCAAGCACCUCGCCCAAUGACAACCUGGAAAGAGACAUGGUUCUCAGUACAGAGCAGAUGUGCCAACAGGUGGACUGUGAGACCAAGCUGAGGGAUCAGUGCAAGGGAACAACCUGUAACAGAUAUGAGUGCCCACCCGGUUGCCUUGAAAGGCCUGGAAAAGUAGUUGGGACUGGAUAUUAUGAUAUGCAAUCCAGUGUGUGUGGAGCUGCGCUACACUUUGGUGUUAUUGACAAUGAUGGAGGAUGGAUCGAUGUGACCAGACUGGGCAGAAAACAACAUUUCACCAAGUCAUACAAGAAUGGUGUUCAGUCCAUUGGGAAAAACAGAAGUGCAAAUUCUUUUAAAGUUGAGUCUGUGCCUGUCAAGGCAGUAAGAUGUGAUACCACAGUGGCGCUUUUCUGUCCUUUCAAGAAACCUGUACGACACUGUCCCAGGUUGUAUUGUCCUAGGAACUGUUUGCAUGAGAGCCAAGCACGAGUUAUUGGGACAAAAUACUACUCAGAUAAGUCGAGUAUCUGCAGAGCGGGCAUUCAUGCUGGAGUGAUCAAGAACGAGUCAGGAGGUUACCUUGAUGUGAUGCCAGUGGACAAGAAGAGGCAUUAUAGCGGCAGCUAUCAGAAUGGCAUCACCUCAGAAAGCCUACCAAACCCCACAGGAGGAAAAGCCUUCAGAGUGUUUGCAGUCAUCUGAAAACCACUCAAAAGACAAAGUACCCUCAAAUCCAGCUUCAUCCGCUUCAAAUCCAGCAAACCUACUCAUUAUCAAUUUACAACCUAUAAUUAUGUAAAUUCCUACAGUGAGCACAUCAGUGUUACUGAUACUGUCACUAAAAGUGUAACUCAAGGCUUUCCUUCUAUCUUUGGCCAUGACUGAAUCACUGUCCAGUAAUAAUGUAGCAAAGGAUGUUUGGCAAAUGAUG